CCACCAGCAACAGGCAGCCAGCGUCGAGCGGCGCCCGCGACGUCGUACGUGCGAUUCAUCCUUCCUUUUUUACCCUCUUCUUUCCGUGAACGGAACCCGCGAGAAGAACUCGAGAUCCGGACACCCCCGGCAGUCGCCCGCACGCACCACCGACACUUACGACAUGACCGUAUCGCUGUACGUGUUGCCGUUCCUCUGCAACUGCUUGCUGGUGUCGUCGUCGAUACUGACGCCGCUGAAGGCCGACGGCAGCUUGAGGAUCUUCAAGGACGUUGUUCCUAGUGACUUCGAGUACGUGUUCAAGAGGCACAGCGUCGACAGUAGGCCGGAUGAUCCGGAUUCGAAGGAAAGACGGAGCAACAAGGGAUCGUCGUUCAUCAGAUUCGGCCGUAGCGACCCGGACGGACAUGUUGAGAACACGCUCAACGAUGAGGUAGACGGGAACUCGCCGGUGAGCAGAUAUCCGCGCUGGAAGUCGCCGGACAUCACGAUCAGGUUCGGCAGGUCCGGCUACAAGGCGGUCACCGGUGACAGAGACUACAAGCGUGGAAGGAACGACCUGAAUUUCAUCAGAUUCGGCCGGAGCUCGCAGAUCUAUCCAAUGGAAAUCGACGUGACAGCGAUGUGCUCGGAUCUGCUCUUGAACGACGAGAUCAAGAACUUACAUCCAUUCGAGGCGAGGUUACUCCGUCUGUGCAACGUGUUGAGCAACAUGGACACCGAGCACAGGAACACCUUGGACUUCCUGGAGGAGCGUGCCGGCGUGAAACAGGAAUAAAACAGGGGAACGAUCCAUCGCGAGCAUCAUCGGGGACAUGUCCGUGUCGAAUAGAACGCGAAGAGCCGCGCGAGAUACGAUUUGUUUGAAAUUUUCAUGGCCAGGAAUGCUGUGAUAAGUGUUCGAAGCUUUUACAUGUAAGCUGUGUCCAUUAGAAAAGAUUACCCUUCUCAGUUUCCAAUUGAGUAGGUAUUAAUUGACCGGCUGCUAAACGAUCAGCUGUUAAACGAUCAGCCAUUAAUUAACCAACUAUCGAUUUAACACUUCGACUGCAAUCCAUCAAUUUAGCGGUUUACCAUAAACUUAGCAAUUAAUUUUCUUCGUGUCGUAUUUUAUUGGGUGAAUAAUACAUGAGAAGAUCUUGACUUUUUAGCUUGUGCUUUGUCUGGAAAUGUUUGGGAAUCUCUUAAGAUUAAUAUAAUAGAAUAUAUUAAUAUAAUAAUCCAAUAUAAUAUAUAUAUAUGUAUAUAAUGGACAUGACUUGCACAAGGAGGUUUUGAACACUUACCACAGUCGCGCACAAUGUCUAUCGGACGUCGUGACUCGAUCCUGAACAUUCUCACGGGCAACGUUAUUACAUCGGCCGAUCUAUUCGAUUAUUGUUCAUUGAUUCGAUUUCGCUUCCAUUCCAACCGUGACCCUUCUUCUUUUUAGCGGUAUAGAACCGCGAUCCGGUUAUUAUUGUGGCCAUUUAAGACCAUUUGCGUGGCGGUUCAGCUAUAUUGCCCGUUGGAAUUUAAUUUUGGCUUCGGCUUCUGGUUUCACUUUGCUGGGUAGUGCUGAAUACUGAUUGUUCUUUACGGUUCAGCUGAUUCAAUUCUAGUCGUUUCAUUUAAGUCUAGCCGCUUUAUUUAAUUUCAGUCACUUCAUUUUAUUCUAGUCAGUUUAUUAAGUUAUAGUUAUUGUAUUUAAUCCUAGUCACUUUAGUUUUAUAGUUACUGCGAGGUAUUUGUGAUUAGUUGACAAGACGUUUUAUUAGACACGCGAUAAUGCUCUUCCUUCGAAAUGUAACGCAAAAGAGUAAAAACGAUACUGACUUGGACUUAGCAUCAACUUGACUUACAAUUAAUAUGAACUUCAGCCUGAAUUAAACCUUCUCCUUCUUUACUUCGAAGACAUCUUCCAAAGACACUUCGGCAUUUAAAGGAUCAACUAUUGAUAUUUAUUUAUAAUCAAUCUCCAAAUACCCAUACUAUUCUCCAACAAUUAAUUUAUAACACCAUUCGACUGAUUUUAUAACAUACAUUACUGCAAAUGUACAUAACGACUGAAGAAAGGAGACUGUCCAAGAAUAUUUAAUUUAUUAUUUCGAAAGCCAAAUAAGCACAAAAUAAUGAUUACCAAUAGUUAAAAAUAAGUUUACGUUAUAAUUUUGUAGAAACUCGAAAGAUAACGUUUAUAUAUAAUUAUAUGAUAUUAUAUGACGUUUUAUUUUUGUGAGAGACACAAAGGACAUCUUCCAAGAUGGCCGACGUGUAACGUUGCUCCAAGGUAUUCCUUGUACCUAUAAUGUGCAUCCACCUGCUCCGCCGCGUAUUCAAUGUACAUAUAAAGAUUUAAUCAUUAAACGGCUUCGAUACUGA